CACUGCUGGACAGCUGACAUCAGGUGUGCGCGCGCGCGUUUCGUGAGACUGACCCUUCACUAUCGCGACGUUUAAAGGGAAAGGAAAGCUACAAAAAAGAACCUUAGGGCGUGCGAAUAACUUUGUGCGUUUGUGUAUGUGUCUGUGUAUGUACUGUGACUGUGACACGAGCUCGUCUCGUGGUUUUGUGACAAACUAGUGAUUUUGAUGCUUCAUUGUUAGGAGGUUUUGCAGUGCAGUGACAGACAGACUUCUCGAGAGUGAUCUCGACUGCUCGAAAAAUACUGCAACAAAUCUGCACCAUUCGCACUCAACCACCGGUGCGGAUUGCUCAGGCGACCGGCCAAACCACCAACCAAAACAAACGCUCCCUAGCACCUAUCAAAAGUACGUGCCCGCGCACGUUAAGGACCCACGCCCGCGGCCGCGUGCUUGCAAUAUUCAAACGGAGCGUUUGCACGACCACCGCAAAGCAUGGAGAGCCUUCUCGGCGGCAGUCUGCUACUGAGCAAGCUGUCCAAGGUGUUCACACUGUUCUCGCCCGUCACGCUGCUGCUGCUGACCACCGUGUCCUGCGCGAUCUACGUAUACAACCGGCGGCGGGCCCAUAUCGUGCGCCACAUUGACAAAAUUCCCGGCCCGGCCGGUCUGCCCAUCCUCGGCAACACGCUGCACAUCAACGUGGACCACGAUGAAAUUUUCAACCGCAUCAUCGCCAUUCGGAAGCUGUACGGACGCAUCCAAGGGUUCAGCAGGGCGUGGAAUGGCCCGCUGCCGUACGUGAUGAUAUCCAAAGCGAGCGCCGUCGAGCGCAUCCUUGGCAGCCAGAAGCACAUCGAGAAGAGCCACGACUACGAGUUCCUGAAACCAUGGCUCGGUACCGGGCUGCUGACCAGCGCCGGCAAGAAGUGGCACCCGCGGCGCAAGAUCCUCACGCCGGCGUUCCAUUUCAAGAUCCUGGACGACUUCGUCGACAUCUUCCAGGAGCAGAGCGCCGUGCUGGUGAAGCGCCUCGAGGCGGAGCUGGGCAACGAGCAGGGUUUCAACUGCUUCCCGUACGUGACGCUGUGCGCACUGGACGUGGUGUGUGAAACGGCCAUGGGCAGGCAGGUGAAUGCGCAGUGCAAUUCCGACUCCGACUACGUGAAAGCUGUGUACCAAAUUGGAAGUAUCGUCCAGAACCGGCAGCAAAAGAUUUGGCUACAACCAGAUUUCAUCUUCAAGCUCACGCAGGACUACAAGAAUCAUCAGAAGUGUCUCGCCAUCCUGCACGAAUUCUCCAACCGCGUCAUCCACGAGCGGAAGGAGGAGAUCCGACGCCAGAAGCAGCAGCUGGGCGACAAAAACAACAACAACAACAAUGGCGGCGGUGGUGCUGUUGGUACGGAUCAGGACGGCAACAACAACAAGGACGACUAUCUUUCGCACGAGGAGCUGGGGCGCAAGAAGCGGCUCGCCUUUCUCGAUCUGCUGAUCGAGGCGUCCCAGGACGGUACCGUCCUGUCGCACGAGGACAUCCGCGAGGAGGUGGACACGUUCAUGUUCGAGGGGCACGACACGACCUCGGCCGCCAUCUCCUGGAUACUGCUGCUGCUCGGCACCGAGCCGACCAUCCAGGACCGGAUCGUGGAGGAGAUCGACCAGAUCAUGGGCGGCGACCGGGAGCGCUUCCCCACGAUGCAGGAGCUGAACGAGAUGAAGUACCUGGAGGCGUGCAUCAAGGAGGGGCUGCGGCUGUACCCGAGCGUGCCGCUCAUCGCCCGCCGGCUCACCGAGGACGUCGACAUUGACGGGUACGUGCUGCCGGCCGGCACGACCGCCAUGAUCGUGGUGUACCAGCUGCACCGCAAUCCGGAGGUGUUCCCCAACCCGGACAAGUUCAAUCCGGACCACUUCCUGCCGGAGAACUGCCGCGGCCGGCACCCGUACGCGUACAUCCCGUUCAGUGCCGGGCCGCGCAACUGCAUCGGCCAGAAGUUUGCCGUGCUGGAGGAGAAAUCGAUCAUCUCGGCCGUGCUGCGCCGGUACCGGGUGGAGGCAGUCGAUCGGCGCGAAAACCUGACGCUGCUCGGCGAGCUCAUCCUGCGCCCGAAGAACGGGCUGCGCAUACGGAUUUCGCGGCGAACCUAGGCGAACCCCUCUUUAGUAGCGGCAGUUAGCGGCAGGGAGCGUUAUGACAAUUAUAAAUACUACCAGGUGCAUGACUCCAGGGCAGGGACAGGCGUGUUGUGAGCUGAUGUAUUAUUCUUUUUCCCCUUUUUUGUUGUUGUUUGUUUGCGUGUUUGCUGAACCGAGCUGGCAGCAUUCUGCGUUCAGUUAUGAAUAGAUUGGUUGCGUUUAUUCAUAAUUUGAAUCAUUGCGGCCGUACUCUCAGUCUGCUUUCAGCCCGAAAGAGCUGUUCUGUUUUUGAUUUUGGGACUUUUUUUAUUCUUUUCUUCGGGUGUAGCUAGUAGGUAAUAAUAUAUCGAACUUUUGUGUUAGAUUUUAAUGAUGCGUAACAUGUAAGAAACGUACGACAAAAAUGCUUACUGGAAAAUCGGUACAGCAAACGAAAAAUCUAGCUGCAAAACAGUUGCACGUGUCACGAUCCCAUACGAAAAGCGAAAAACGAGCCAAAGCAUUCAGAAACCAGAGCGGCAGAGUAACAACAGGAUCUAAAUGAUCUUCCCAAACGAUCGCGAUGCAAGUGUAUAGUGCGUAAAGGAAAGCAACGAUAUAUGGUAAUAAGUUGUAAUAAAAACACAUAUCAACACACACAAACACACACACAACACCGGUCUGACUAAUGCAUAUAUCGAUAAAUGGUAUUAUGAAACGUU